AUGCAGCGGGCCGAGGCCCGGCCACGUCAGCACCCCGAAGGGGCUGCCCUGGGGGGCGGAAGCGGCGGGGACCGGGCAGCUGCAGCAGCCGCGGGAGCCAUGGACCCCACGAGGCUGUUGUUUCAGGAGCCUUCCCUCUACACAGUCAAGGCCAUAUUCAUCUUGGACAAUGAUGGACAGCGACUCUUAGCCAAGUACUACGACGACACCUUUCCAUCCACGAAAGAACAGAAGACCUUUGAGAGGAGUGUUUUCGAUAAAACCCACAAAACUGACAGUGAGAUCGCCUUUCUGGAGGGGCUGACCAUUGUCUAUAAAAGCAGCAUCGACCUCUUUUUCUACGUGGUGGGGAGUUCCCAGGAAAAUGAGCUGAUGCUAGUGGCAGUUCUCGCCUGUCUCUUCGACUCCCUCAGUCACAUGUUACGGAAGAACGUAGAGAAGCGCUCCCUGCUGGACAACCUGGACGGGGUGUUCCUCGUGGUAGAUGAGAUCGUCGACGGGGGGGUGAUUCUGGAGAGCGAUCCUCAGCAAGUGAUCCAGAAGGUGAACUUCAGGGUGGACGACAGCCCUCUGUCUGAGCAAAGCGUUGCCCAGGUUCUGCAAUCUGCCAAAGAGCAAAUUAAAUGGUCCUUAUUAAAGUGA